CUCCCCCCGAAGCCGGUCGCUGAGGCUGCAUUGAGCCGCGGCUCUGGCAAAAGUUUUGAGCGGAGCGCCAGCGCUCAGGAGCCGGCGCAGAGCGACCCCUUGGCGGGGAACUUCCUCGACCCUUUGCCCGGCUGCGAUGCGUCCGACGGGGAGCUCCGAGAACUGAAGCCAGCCAGGCAGGGCUCUGCUAAACCGGCCGCAGGACGUUCUGUGGGCAGCCAGCAGCUCUGGGAACAUCCCAAUGUGGCUUUGCAGCCCUGCAGAGGGAUGUCCCAGCCACGUCUUCUCAGUAUCCUGCUGGCACUGGUGGUGUGCCCUCAGGGACCCUCAGCCCAGAUCAUGGACUUCCUCUUUGAGAGCUGGAAGGCCUAUAGUGAAGAGUGCUACCACAACAUGAGCCUUCUGCCACCAUCCACUGAGCUGGUCUGCAACCGAACCUUUGACAAGUACUCGUGCUGGCCUGAUGCACAGCCCAACAGCACUGUCAAUGUUUCCUGCCCCUGGUACCUGCCCUGGUACGACCAAGUGAAGCACGGCUAUGUAUUCAAGAAGUGUGACCCAGAUGGACAAUGGGUGACCACCCCCGAAGGGAAGUCAUUGCGCGAUGCUCAUCAGUGUGUGAUGAACAACGAGACCAUCUUAGAGCAGGAGUUUUUUGCUAAGAUCUACGGGAGCUUCAAGGUGAUGUACACGGUUGGCUACUCGGUGUCACUCUGCACUUUGAUCCUUGCCUUGGCUGUGCUGCUGGGCUUCAGCAAGCUGCACUGCAUGCGCAACUACAUCCACAUGAACCUCUUCGCCUCCUUCAUCCUGAAGGGCAUCUCGGUGCUUAUCAUCGACAAGCUGCUCAACACUCACUUCAACCAGAAGAUUGACGACUACAGUGUGGGUCUUUGGCUGAGUGAUGAGGCAGCAGCCAGGUGCCGGGCAGCCACUGUGUUCAUGCAGUACGGCAUUGUGGCCAACUAUUGCUGGCUGCUGGUAGAGGGGCUCUACCUGCACAACUUGCUGGUGUUGGCCGUUUUCUCCGAGCGCAGCUACUUCAGCCUCUACCUCUGCAUCGGCUGGGGGGCCCCAGUACUCUUCAUUGUGCCAUGGAUAGUGGUGAAAUUUCUUUAUGAAAAUAUUCAAUGCUGGAGUACCAAUCAUAACAUGGGGUUCUGGUGGAUCCUGCGUUUCCCUGUGUUCCUGGCCAUCUUGAUCAACUUCUUCAUUUUCAUCCGUAUCAUUCAGAUAUUGGUCUCUAAGCUCCGUGCCCACCAGAUGCGCUACACAGACUACAAAUUCCGGCUGGCCAAGUCAACACUGACGCUCAUCCCGUUGCUGGGAAUCCACGAGGUGGUUUUCGCCUUUGUCACCGAUGAGCAUGCCCAGGGCACGCUGCGCUAUGUCAAGCUCUUCUUUGACCUCUUCCUCAGCUCCUUCCAGGGAAUGCUGGUGGCCAUUCUUUACUGCUUUGUGAAUAAGGAGGUGCAGUCAGAGCUCAUGAAGAAAUGGACGCGCUGGAAGCUUGGCUGGGACAUAGAAGAGGAAUACAAGCACACGUACAGCCACACACCCCAUGUCCGCAACGGGGGUACCAGAACUGGCGAGAAGCACAAGCUGGUUGGCAACUACCUCAAUGGGCUGGGCCGCAGCCAAGCAACCAUGCACACCAGCACACAGUACCUGGAGAGGACAGCAUGCAGUGCCAGUGAGAACUUGGCAGUGGCCGAGCAGCCCCAUUGCUACGAGUUCCCUGACACAGCCGAGAGCAACCUCUGAAGCCGGCUUACCCGUCUGCCCCUGGCAUAUCUGGGGCCUGUCUCACUCUUUGCCCCCUGAGGCGGCCGUCCUGCAGAGCAAGGAGGGCAGCUGGCAGCCCAGGAAGCUGUGGGACAUGUGACUGGAAAGUGUGCCCUCUGCCAAGCAGCUCGGCUCUGACUAGAUGGUGCGAAUUCCUUUUCCGUACUGGAGACAUGCGUACGAGAGACCCAGCAAGACGAGCUGCCUUGCCGGUCCGCAUGCCGAAUGCUCCGGGGCAUGAGAUCCAGGGGUGAGCAGAAUGAAAGGAAGGAGGGGGGACAGCCCAGCCACAGGGCAUCCUGACAGAGGUGACAAUGCCAAACAAGCUUUGUAGUGGGAGGAGAUUCUGUACCAUUGUUAGGAAACUUUGAAAGUCUGCACAUUUAUAAUUGUGCCAGAAUCAGCACUGAUCAGACUUCUUAAGAAUCUCAGAUUUCCUCUUUUCUAAAAAAACAAAAACCCAACAAAAACCAAGUUUCUAGUCCUCAUAAAUUACAGAGAACAAGCACUAUCUGCUAAAUGGUGAACACACACACACAAGGGUCUGUGCAAUUUUUUUUAAAUCAUCAUAGGGAAGGAUAUAUCUAGAGGCUAUCAUAUGUUUCUUUCAUUUCCCCCAAACAAAUUGUGCAGCAAAACAUGCAAAUGUAUGUAAUAAUUGUCCAAUGCGAAGUGUCCCGUUUGCAAAAGGUCAAAUUUAGUGGUUGCAGAACUUGGGCUCUCUGAGUACAAACUUUGCAGAUCCACUUUCGCACAUAUGAAAAUGUAUUCUCUGGAACAGAGACACCUUUGCCUUCUGGGCACAUGGGAUGGCAUACCACUUAAAGAGAUAUUUUGGGGCGGUGCAGAAAGCAUUGCCUGCGGAGUUUGGAAGGAAAACAGUACUACCAUUCAGUAUAUAUAUCUAUGUGGAAGUGACACGGCUCACUUGGGUCAUUGACUUUGUAUGUGGCUGUACCAUUGCAUCCGCACUGUGGGCAUGCUUGCGCCUUCUGUGCUGGGUGACUCUGUAAAUCUACUUGUGUGGGCAAUACAAGCUCUGAGGGCCACUUCUGUGUCUGCGUGUGUCUGCCUGUCAGUGCCAAUGUUCGGGUGAUUGAAGGACCCAAUAAAUUGUGCUAUAUGUCCUGGCAACUUAGA